AUGGCAUUUUCGCAAAAACGGCAAACAACGUCCCUCCGUCCCGGCGGACCGCCUCCGGUUCCGGUUCCGCCGCCGCCGCCGCCCCGCCAGCACCCAGCGCCGCCCGGCUCUGCCCUGCCGGCACUCCCCCUCCGCGGCCGGCGGGCCCCGCCCCCCCCGGAACACACCAUCGACCCGGGUCCGCCGGCCGCCCAGAGCAGCUCGAGCUCGGCGCCGCCAGCGCGAUGUUGCUCUCGCGCCCGCCGGAAGCGCGCCGGGAAGGGGCGGUGCGGCGCGGCGGUGGGGGCAGCAGUAGCAGCAGCACGGGGCGGCUCCGCCGCAGACAUGCCUCUGGCUAAAGACCUAGUGCAUCCCUCCUUAGAGGAUGAAAAGAGAAAGCACAAAAAGAAACGGCUUGUGCAGAGCCCAAACUCCUACUUUAUGGAUGUAAAAUGUCCAGGAUGCUACAAGAUCACCACUGUAUUCAGCCAUGCUCAGACAGUAGUUCUCUGUGUGGGAUGCUCAACGGUCCUGUGUCAGCCUACUGGGGGGAAAGCCAGGCUCACAGAAGGCUGUUCAUUUAGAAGAAAGCAACACUGAACCCUUCAGCAUGUGGGUUUGGAUCUGCAUUCCUGAAAGCCUUACCAGUUUAAAAAUGCCUGUUAAUACAACAAUGUAAUUAUGACUGAUUUUGUAAAAAUUACAUGCUAGUGGUGACUAAUGAGCUGGAAUCUCUUUUUCAAUAAAUGAAGUGCAAGUUUUUCCUGCAAGUUUGCAGACAA